GAUCUAUCUCUUAUUUUCAUAUAUAGAUGUACUGCAGAUAAAUUCACAUAAUAUAUAUUUUCGUGGUGUUUGUAGAUUUUGCAAUUGUUUAUAACAAACAAUUUAGAAUAAAAACUUACUAAUAUAAUAAACUUUGAAGUUUUUAUUUAAUUGAGUAGAUUUUAUAUGUUUAAUGGGAAAUAUAUAAACAAAUAAAAAAAAAAAGUUUUAUAUAUUGAACAACAAAAAUGCCAUGCUGGUAUUAUGAGAAAAAAGAACUCCGAAAUACACCGUCUAUUCAAGAUGGAAUUGAUUAUGAAACAGAAUGCAGAUAUAGAAAAGAGGGUGCAAGAUUUAUUAUUGAUACAGGUACAAAAAUGGAUUUAGGAUAUAAUACAAUGGCAACUGGGGUUGUUUAUUUUCAUAGAUUUUAUAUGUUUCAUUCAUUUAAGAAUUUUCCAAGAUAUGUUACUGCAUGCUGUUGUUUACUUCUGGCAGGAAAAGUAGAAGAAACACCAAAAAAAUGUAAAGAUAUAAUAAGAACUGCAAAGUCUUUGUUGAGUGAGCAAAAAUUUAUGACAUUUGGAGAAGAUCCAAAAGAAGAAGUUAUGACAUUAGAAAGAAUUUUAUUACAAACUAUUAAGUUUGAUUUACAAGUUGAACAUCCAUAUAGUUACUUGUUAAAAUAUGCAAAAUGCCUUAAAGGUGAUAAAAAUAAAUUACAAAAAAUGGUUCAAAUGGCUUGGACAUUUGUUAAUGAUAGCUUAUGUACAACAUUAUCCCUGCAAUGGGAACCAGAAAUUAUAGCUGUUGCUCUCAUGUAUUUGGCUGGAAAACUUAGUAAAUUUGAAGUGGUAGAUUGGAAUGGAAGACAACCAAAACAUUUACGUUGGUGGGAUAUGUUUGUUGAAGAUGUUACUAUGGAUCUUCUAGAAGAUAUCUGUCAUCAAGUAUUAGAUUUAUAUUCACAAGCUAAUAACACAAAACCACCAGAUUCACCACCAUUAACACCAUCUAAUGAACCUUGUAGAGAUAGAGCUAUAACAGCACCUCCUACAGAAUCAGCAUCUACUACACCAAAUGUUACACCAGGAAAAGUUACUAAAGUUGAAGCAGCUGCAGUCUCUUCAAAUGGAUGUUUAACUACAGAUACUACAGAUUCAAUCAAACCAAUGGAUGUGCCAACACAUUUUCCAACAUAUCCAGCCAAUUAUGCACCUAGUAAUAUUAAUAUCAAUAUUAAUUAUCCACCAGCAUUUCCCCCAGCAAAUGUUUCUGUACCUCCUCCUCCUGUAAAUACAAUGAAUCAUAUUGUUCCACCAAUGCAUCAUAUGGGUUCCUCUGGUACUACUAGACCUGCACCACCUGCUCCUACUACAACACCAGCACCAUUUCAACCAUAUCCUUAUCCUACAAAUGCCUCAUAUUUUCCUCCAAAUAAUCCAGUACCUCCAGCACCUACACCGCGUACAUAUUACCCACCACAACCUUAACACAUACAAAUUUGCAAGCUCAAAUAUGAAAUAUUUGUUUGUGUAUCAUUAUUAUAACUAAAAUUAUUAUUGUCAAAAAAAUAAUAAUUAAAUUCUUGUAAA